AUGUUGUGUCCCAGCGUCUUCCAGCCGAGUCCCGCGGCCAUGAGGCCUUUCCUGGACCUGCACUGGCCGGUCCGGAGCCUCUGGCCCGACGCCCGGCCGCUGGUCUUCCACAUGGAGCAGGAGAUGCUCCGGCACAUGCAGGAGAUGCGCCAGAACAUGGAAUACAUGGAGAGACUUCACCAGAAGAUCUUUGAGGAGAUCGACCAGACCUGCUCCACCUCCUCCUUCAAACCCAUCGCCUUCCAGGAGCUGGGGAGGGACGGCGGCGGCUUCGGCCUCAGCCUGGACACCACGGAGUUCUGCCCGGAGGAGCUGUCCGUGAAGCAGGUGGGCAGGAAGCUGAGGGUGAGCGGGCGGACGGAGAAGAAGCAGGAGGACGGGAAGGGCUCCUUCUCCUACCGCUGCGAGGAGUUCAGGCAGGAGUUCGACCUCCCGGACGGCGUCGACCCCGAAGCCGUCAGCUGCUCGCUGGUGGGCGGUCGCCUGCAGAUCCAGGCGCCGCGAGAGAGAGCAGUGCAUGAUGGGAAGGAGAGGAUCGUCCCCAUCAGCGUCACCUCCGCCCCGGCCGUCACCUCCUCCUCCUCCUCCUCCUCCUGCGCUGGGGGAGCAGACGGGAGCAGCACGGCCGACAACAAGUGACGCAUCUCAACUUUUCACACAUCUUUGUUGUGUCGACGUCGGUGGUUUUCACCUGAACUGUUUUAUGUCGAAUAUUCAGCAGCGUUUAUUUUCUCAUUAAACCUUUUUCUUAACUACACUUAAAAAAAAACAAAAAAAACUAAUGACAGAGUGAAGCAUCUCGUCUUUUCACCGUCUCUGCACCGACAGGACGUGGAUGAAAGAUGACGUGUGAAACUAAUCCACUCAUAUGUUGUGUUUUUAGUUUGUUUAACAUUAAAGAGAAACUCGUUGGGAAAAAUUCUCCUAAAAACUGGACGUUUUCUCUCUUUUAAGUGCAAUAAAUAACUGAACGUAUUUUCUGUUGUUGUUUACUGAUGAAAACCAACUAUUCUUUGGUCUGAAAUGAAUCAAACGAAUCUUAAUUCACGUAUCUGCAAAUUUGACUUUUAUAUUUCUGCGACUUUCUUAUCUUUUCACUUUUCUCUAAACAAACAGAAGUUGUUUUUAAUUUCAAACUAAAUUCAUAAAUUAAAUCCUAAUUGGAAUCUGUGAAACGAAUGAUCAGAUGUUAUGUUUGUUUCUAUUUCUUCUCUCAGCUGCUUUUAUGAUAAAGAAGCUAAUUUAUUUCUGACGUGAACCUCGUGUCAGAUAAAUCAAUGAAACCUUCGAGUCUUUGUGUUUGACCCGAGUGAUGACAAUAAACACAGGACACCAGUUUAUCUCUUUCUUUGUAAAAUAAUUCUCAAUAAACUUAAUUUAUUCACAAA